AUGGAUAAUAACAUUGGCUCGAGUGGUUGUCCUGACGAAUCUGAACAAAUCUUUGGGGCAAAUCAGUGGGCUUUUGGUUAUUCUGCUGCUUUGCAAUCUGCGGGUGUUCCUUCAAACCUCCAGUUCAACAUGAAUGGAUCCUCCCACAUGUCCUGCCCACCUAUGAAUGGGCAACCUAAUUUGGGGUUCUCUCUUGAAAACAACCACGUAUCUCGGGACCCUGCAAAAAAAGUACAGAAGCCUGCAAAAAAGACAAAUGUGGCUAGGAGAGGAUCUGCAUUCACCAAAGAGGAAGACUUGGUGGUGUGCUCGGCAUUUCUGAAUGUUAGCAAAGACCCUGUUACUGGUGUGAAUCAGACUUCAGGUGGUUAUUACAAGAGGUUUCAUGAUUUUUUCAAUGAGCAUAAGCCUGAAGGGUCCAACCGUAGCCAGAUUGCUAUUCAACAUAGGUGGGGAGUGAUUCAGAAAGCAAUGAACAAGUUCUGUGGGCUCAAAGAUAAAGUUGAUAGGCAGAAUGAGAGCGGAAAAAAUGAGCAGGAUCGGAUAGAUGAUGCUGUAAAAAUGUAUGAGAGGGCAGAACCUUUUACCAUCAUGCAUUGCUGGAAAAAACUUAACAAAGAGGCCAAAUGGUGCAAUAAGUUUCUUGAGCUAAACAACCCUACACCAGCUGGUGGAAGGUCAUGUCCUCCAAUUCAAGGCCAUGCAGAAUCUGGGAAUGAGAAUAUAGAGACAUCACGACCUGAGGGUAGGGAUAGCGCGAAGAAACGUAGAUCAAAGAGCUUCGCAGAGACAUCAUCAUCCAGUACGGCUGUUGAAGUCCUCCAGAAGUUGCAGGAUAAAUCUGAGAAGACCGAACAAAAGCAAGACCAGCAAAUGGCUGAAAUCCUAAGUAGGAAGGAUGAAAAAAUUAAAAUUCAAAAGGAUCUUUUCAUUCUUCAGAAGAAGCAUAUGAAGAUGAAAGUACAGCAGCAAAAGAAGGAAAUUAUGAUUAGGGAGAAGGAGGCAGAAAGUAGGAAGAAGGAGUCAGAAGCUCAACUGAUCACAGCUGAGUCUAGUAUUAUGUCGGUUGACAUUGACAAGGUCCCCCCUCAUCUGAAAAACUAUUAUGCUGGCAUGCAACAGGAAAUCAUGGUGCGCAGAGGGUUCAUGAGUCCGCCAAACAACAAAGACUAA